AUGUAUCCUGGAGUAGAACAUUUUAAUUCAAGCAUCAAAUGGAAGUUUGAUGAUUCGCCUUGUAUAGAGGAUGAUAAUAUACCAAAUAUAGAACAUAAUCUUGAUCGUAUACGUAGUUUGAGUCAAGAAAGGAAUUUCAAUUCUUAUGGUAUUAAAGAAAAUGAUAAUUUGUUAGAAGUAGAGGUUAAUGACAUAGUUGAAGAUGAUUCCGACGAUCUCAAAGACUAUAAUGGUUGUGUUCAUGAAGGUUUUGAUGAAAAAAGUGAAUACAGCGUUGCAAAUAAAUUUUCUCGAAAUUCAUCACUUUCUAAUAGAGAACUCGAUGUUAUAAAAGAAAGUUCUAGAAGUUCUAGUGACACUGAAGUAACAUUGACCCGA